AUGAGUGCUUUCUCCGAGGGACAAUCAAGUAAGAAGCAGAAACAUGAGCAGUCAGGGUUCAUGGGACAACAGCCAAUCAGAUCCGCACCCACAGCUUCAGUGUCAAUGGGGUCUUCUAGACCGAAUGUUACUUAUUUCAGAUGUGGGCAGCUGGGACAUUACAAGUCCCAAUGCACUCAGACUCAGGUAACUCAGGUGAUUUGUUUCAAGUGUGGGCAGUCAGGGCAUCAUAAGUCUCAGUGUACUCAGAUUCAGGUGGCGUCUUGUGGAUGUUUAGAGUGUGGCCAGCAGGGCCAUAGGGUGAAAGAUUGUUCACAACGGGGCAGUGGUUUGGGCAGAGGUAGAUGUUCACAGCAGAGGCAGAUACAGUCUGCCACCGUUCAGUCAGGGUUUCGACUGCCACCACCAUCUCAGCCAGUCAUGUCAGCCCAAAGUUCUUGA